GCCAAAAAUACUAAACGUGAUAGAUGGCGCCACAUAACCUUUUUUAGCAUAACCUCAUAAAAUAAAAGGUAUUGAAUUAUGGCUUUUAUUACAAAUAUUUUAGCCAAACAUGUAUUUAGAAUAGAAGAAAAACUUUUAUAUUUAUCCGUUCCUAACCUAUACACGCAAUUUCGGGAGCGACACACUAUAAAUCCAAAACCGAGGCUACGAAAUCCAACUUGGUUGACUAAAAAGAAUCGUGUGGUUCACAAUGAGUUCAUAACCUCAGAUAAUCAAGAAUUUUUGAAAGAAGUUGUUCAAGAUCAAUUUAAAAUAGAAGCGGAAACGUCGUUAAAAAAGGAACACAUUACAAAUAUAGAGUGGACUCCUAAUUUGAAACGAACAGGAGUGAUUGCUAGGAAAAUUGGGAUUUAUCCUAUUUGGUUAAAAAAUGGGGAGAAAGUUUUAACCACCUUAUUGCAAGUUUUAGAUAAUCACGUGAUUAAAUAUUACACUCCUGAAGAAUAUAAUCCUCCAAGAAAACGAAUUGAGAAAAUUUAUAAUAAAAAGGGGGUGAUAUUGCUUGGAGCAGGAAGUACAGAUCCUUCAACAUUUACAAAGGAAUAUUGUGGAAUAUUUCGAGACACAGGAGUUCUUCCAAAAAAACAUUUAGCAAGAUUUUUUGUUAGUCCUGAAGGGAUCCUUCCUCCAGGUACACCAAUUGGAGUCUUACAUUAUCAAGUUGGGAAUUAUGUUGAUGUUCGAGGAAAAACAAUCGAUAGAGGAUUUCAAGGAGUUAUGAAAAGGCAUGGUUUUAAAGGUAUGCCUCGAUCACAUGGUGUAACCAAGACUCAUCGUCGUGGUGGUAAUAUUGGUGGGGGUGGUGAAAAAGCAAGAGUUUGGCCUGGUACAAGAAUGCCAGGUCAUAUGGGGAAUGAGUACCGAGUAAAUAGAGGGCUAAAAAUAUUAAGGAUUAACACGAAAUUUAAUGUUUUAUGGGUAACUGGUCAAGCUAUUCCAGGCGAGACAAAUUCCAUUGUGACUAUUUAUGAUUCGCUUUUACCACUAAGAAAACCCAAGAAAGCACUUCCUUUUCCUACAUUAAUUGAUCCACAAAACGCAGAUUUUCCUGAAGAUAUCUUUGAUGAAGAUGUGCAUUGUUUUGAUAGUCCUAGUAUUGAAUAUAUUGAAUCUUAAAUAAAUUUGUUUUUAAAAACUUUA